AUGCAGCCCGUCGUGACCUCCACGGGGGCGCAGGGCCGGCAGUGGGCUCAGGGCGCCGGGGUCUCGCAGGGCGGCCGGGUCAUGCGGGCGCGGGGCUGCGCGGCGCUCGGGGUGAUGCUGCUCCUGGCGCAGGUGGGCGCGCAGGCACCUGUUUGCGCCCUGGCAGCCGAAGCGACAACUCCAGGUACCCCGAGCUCCCCCCUUCAUCCUUCGCCCGCAGAGCGCUGGGACUGGGUGCAAGGAGCAGAAUACGACUUCGUCUCUGCCUACGAGGUUGACCGGAAUGGGGAUUAUGUGUCCCAUGAAAUCGCGCACCACCAGCGGAGGAGGAGAGCAGUUGAGGGGGAUUCUCUACACAUUCGGCUGAGAGGCUUUGGGCAAGACUUCCACAUGGAUCUGAAAACGUCCAGCAACUUGGUGGCUCCCGGGUUCAUCAUCCAGACCCUGGGAAAGGGAGGCACGAAGUCUGUGCAGACGAUGGCCCCGGAGGAGUUCUGCUUCUAUCAGGGCUCCCUGAAGGCCCUCAAAAACUCUUCAGUGGCCCUUUCCACUUGCAAAGGUUUGUCAGGCAUGAUAAGAACCCCAGAAGCGGAUUACUUCUUGAAACCACUGCCUUCAUACCUCACAGGGAAGCUCAAUGUCUCUGCCCGGGGUGGACCGCACUCCCACAUCCUGUACAAGAGAGCUGCGGAGCCCCGGUCACACAGGGGGAAUGAGAUCAUGAUGAUCCAGAGGCGGCGAGAACUGGACAGUCUCCAUCACUCUCAGCAAGACCACCAACGUCCUCACGCUGGCUCGAAAGCCAAGCACCCAGACAAGCAGCAUUUCUGUGGAAGGCGCAAGAAAUACAUGCCGAAGCCCCCCCAAGAAGACCUGUUCAUCCUUCCCGAUGAGUACAAGUCCUCUGUCCGGCUGAAGCGUGCCCUUCUGAAAUCACACAGAAAUGAAGAGCUGAAUGUGGAGACCUUGGUGGUGGUUGACAAGAAGAUGAUGGAAAGCCAUGGUCAUGAAAACAUCACAACCUACGUCCUGACGAUACUUAACAUGGUGUCUGCUUUAUUCAAAGAUGGAACGAUAGGAGGGAAUAUCAACAUUGCCAUCGUAGGGCUGAUUCUUCUAGAAGAAGAACAGCCAGGGCUUGUGAUAAGUCACCAUGCUGACCACACGUUGAGCAGCUUCUGCCAGUGGCAAUCUGGAUUGAUGGGCAAAGAUGGGACUCGCCACGACCAUGCCAUCUUACUGACCGGUCUGGACAUCUGCUCCUGGAAGGACGAGCCUUGUGAUACUUUGGGAUUUGCACCCAUAAGUGGAAUGUGCAGCAAAUACCGUAGCUGUACAAUCAACGAAGACUCGGGUCUCGGGCUGGCCUUCACCAUUGCUCAUGAGUCCGGACACAACUUUGGCAUGGUACACGAUGGGGAAGGCAACAUGUGCAAGAAGUCCGAGGGCAACAUCAUGUCACCCACUUUGGCUGGACGCAAUGGGGUCUUCUCCUGGUCACCCUGCAGCCGCCAGUACCUGCGCAAAUUUCUGAGCACUUCUCAAGCCGUCUGCCUUGCUGACCAGCCGAAGCCUGUGAAGGAAUACAAGUAUCCGGAGAAGUUGCCGGGGGAGCUUUAUGACGCUAACACCCAGUGCAAGUGGCAGUUUGGAGAGAAAGCCAAGCUCUGCAUGCUCGACUUUAAAAAGGACAUCUGUAAAGCCCUGUGGUGUCAUCGGAUUGGAAGGAAAUGCGAGACUAAAUUUAUGCCGGCAGCAGAAGGCACUAUUUGUGGGCAUGACAUGUGGUGCCGUGGAGGACAGUGCGUGAAAUACGGCGACAAAGGCCCACAGCCCACCCAUGGCCAUUGGUCGGCCUGGUCUCCCUGGUCCCCUUGUUCCAGGACCUGUGGGGGAGGGGUCUCUCACAGAGACCGCAGCUGCACAAAUCCCAGGCCAUCUCAUGGAGGGAAGUUUUGUGAGGGCUCUACUCGCACCUUGAAGCUUUGCAACAGUCAGGAAUGUCCUCACAACAGCUUGGAUUUCCGAGCUGUGCAGUGCGCAGAGUACAACAGCAAAGAGUUCAGAGGCUGGCACUACAAGUGGAAGCCCUACACCCAAGUAGAAGAUCAGAACUUAUGCAAACUCUACUGUAUCGCAGAAGGAUUUGAUUUCUUCUUUUCUUUGUCAAAUAAAGUCAAAGAUGGGACCCCAUGCUCGGAGGAUAGCCGUAAUGUUUGUGUAGAUGGGAUAUGUGAGAGAGUUGGCUGUGAUAAUGUCCUUGGGUCAGACGCCACCGAAGAUGCCUGUGGUGUGUGUAAGGGAAAUAACUCAGAUUGCACGAUUCACAAAGGACUCUACACCAAGCAGCACCACACAAACCAGUAUUAUCAGAUGACCAUCAUUCCCUCGGGAGCCCAGACUAUCCGCAUCUAUGAAAUGAACACAUCCACCUCCUACAUUUCUGUGCGCAAUGCCUUCAAGAAAUAUUACCUGAAUGGACACUGGACUGUGGACUGGCCAGGCCGAUACAAAUUUGCCGGUGCUGCUUUCAACUACAGACGGCCUUACAACCAGCCAGAGAGUCUGACCUCAGCUGGCCCAACCAAUGAAACCCUGAUUGUGGAGCUUCUAUUCCAGGGGAGGAACCCUGGCAUUGUCUGGGAAUAUGCAGUGUCUCAUCUGAAGGGUGACAAGGAUCCUAGUCCCCAGCCCAGCUACUCAUGGGUCAUUGUCAGAUCACAGUGUUCUGUCUCCUGUGGCGGCGGACAGAUGACCACGAAAACAAGCUGCUACCAAGACCUGAAGGUGCAAGUGAACGCAUCCUUCUGCAACCCCAAGACACGACCUACCACGGGGAUGGUGUCUUGCAAAAUCUCUGCCUGUCCUCCCAGCUGGUCUGUCGGGAACUGGAGUGUCUGCAGCCGGACCUGUGGUGUUGGGGCUCAGAGCCGACCUGUCUGGUGCAUGCAGCGGGCCCGCUACCGAGAGGAGCCAGUCUCAGCCAGCCUGUGUCCUCAGCCCAUGCCCAGCAGCAGACAGGCCUGCAACCCCCAGAGCUGCCCACCUGCCUGGAGCACUGGGCCCUGGGCAGAGUGCUCCCGAACCUGCGGGAAAGGCUGGAGGAAGAGGUCUGUGGCCUGUAAGAGCACCAACCCAUCUGCCAGGGCGCAGCUGUUGCCUGACGCCGUCUGCACGUCUGAACCCAAGCCCAGGACUCAUGAGGCGUGUCUGCUGAGACGCUGCCACAAACACAAGAAGCUGCAGUGGCUGGUGUCUGCCUGGUCCCAGUGCUCAGUUACGUGUGACGGGGGAAUUCAGACGAGAUUCCUGAGAUGUGCAGAGAAGUUUGUUUCUGGAAAGUACCGAGAGCUGGCCUCCAAGAAGUGCGUGCAGCUGCCCAAGCCAGACCUGGGGCUCCAGCGUGCCUGUGCCCCAUCUCCCUGCGCCAAGUAUCCCCUGUACCCGCCUGCAGGCCCUCCAAGACCCGCCUGGGUCACUUCACCCUGGUCUCAGUGCACAGCCACAUGUGGGGGCGGCGUGCAGACCCGGUCAGUGCACUGUCGGCUGGGGGGCCAGCUGGCCAGCGGCUGCAACCCCCACCAGAAGCCCUCAGACUCCCUGGCCUGCAACACCCACUUCUGCCCCAUCGCCGAGAAGGAAGAUGCCUUCUGCAAAGACUACUUCACCUGGUGCCACCUGGUGCCCCAGCACGGCGUGUGCAGCCACCGCUUCUACGGCCCACAGUGCUGCCGGUCCUGCUCCAAGUCUAACCUGUGA